AUGGACCUGCCCAAGGGCUCUCUUGUACGCCAUGACUCAGAGGGCCUAAAAAAGGAAGUUCAGCUGAGGGUAAUCCCUUCAGAGCUGAGAUUUAUAGAUGCAGUGCGUGGACGAGCAUAUCGCCUCCCUGUAACAGUACACAAUGUUGGCCGAUGGAACCAGAAGAUCCGGUUUGUGGAGCCUAUGAAGCCACAGUUUAAACUGUUGUUGAAUAGUCUGGAUAAGGAACUUGCUUCUGGCCUUCAGAUGACAGCAAUGGUAGAAUAUCGUCCUGAUAAAAAUGAAGACAUUUUUGAUCAAAUGUUUGUUUCAGUAGGAAAUAAAAUACUAGAAAUUCGUCUAGUUGGAUUGAUUCCAACAUGCCAACUAGAAAUUGUGCCAGUAGUUGAUUUUGGCACAAUUGUUGCCAAUAGUAAAGUGCAUUGUAAAGAGAUUAAUAUUAUUAAUCAUGGUAAAGCUCCAGGUAUGUUUAAAACAGAAUACCAGGGCCAAUUACCUAUUGUUAUUUCCCCAAAUAACGGUAUUGUGAAAGCUAAGUCAUCAAAGAUUAUCAAAGUAGAUUUCUGUGCAGACCAGGCACGGGUUGUAAAUGAAGUGGCUAGAGUAUAUUUACAAGGACGUCCUGAUACAUUCUUGAAUAUCAAAGUCCAUGUAGUUGAACAGAUUAUAGAAUUGUUUAACCCGAGUAAUGACAGAAAGUUAGAAUGCAUACAGUUUGGUUCUGUUUUCUUUGGAACAUCCAAAAUUGAACAUGCACUUCUGUAUAAUAAUAGCCCAGAAACCAUUAACUGGGUGGCAAUACUGCAAGAUGAUUGUGCUGGAGAAGAAUUGGGUACAAAUAUUCAUCAGAGGACUGAUAUCGCUUUAAAUGAUCUUCCAUACCUAAACAAAAUAAAGAAGAUAGAUCUUACAGACUUUAUCUCCUGUGUUCCCAGUGAAGGAACCUUAUUCCCUUAUCAAAAGAUUUUAAUUACAUUUUGUUUCAGCCCAAAGCUAGUUGUUGAUGUCAAAAAGGAUAUUGGACCUGCAUACAGACAAGACUAUGCACUUUUUGUGAGAUUUGAUUCUGUGGGAAGCAAAGAUGGAUUUUUGAGAGAUAAUAGUGCAAAAACCAUGAGAAGUGAUCAACUUCAAAAAGUAGAAUUAGCACUGACAGGUUCAGGAUUUCCUGUCAUAUUACAUUUUGAUCCAGGAAAAGUUCUUCAUUUUCCAACUUGUCUCAUGGGUGAACAUUCAGAUGUUCUUUGUGUUGUACAAAAUCGAUCAAUAUCACUUCCUGUGGUAUAUCGUUUUCAAAAAGCUGCACAGUUUAAAAUGGACCCUGAAAGGGGCAAAAUUGACAUAGGAUGCAUUCAGAAUGUAAUAUGUUCAUUUGUUCCACAUCAACUUGGAUCCUUUAAAAUGAAGCAGGUGAUAGAGAUUAUUGGCCCAGUGGCAGAUGAAAAUUUAAAGUCUUUGUCAAUGAAACCUUUUCAUUUCAUAAAUUUAGAAUUCCACUGCACUUGCAAAGCUUCUACUAAGAAUGUUGGGGUGAAAAUAAAUACUGGAAUAUCCCCUGUGAUCAGUAAUCCCACAAGACGCUACGUGAUCAAAGAUUCAUCACAAAAAGAGGAUAAGCCACCUGCAGCAGCAAUGCUUCAAUCAGCCAUGACACACCUUCAUAGUCAUCAUUUACAUGAAGAAGCAACAAAGAACGCACUGAUUGCCUUCCCUAAUGACAGAGCUGCAAGUAUUAGAUGUGGUGACCAUCAUGAACAUUUCCGAACAAUUUUUACAAAGAUUCCAAGACACGACUAUCUGGAUCCUGAUUUUGAAUAUACUGAAUGGGAAAAUCUAGAGAAGAAAUUAAAUCGAGACUACUAUACAGAAUAUAUUAAAAAUUUACGAAGAGUGCGCCUCCAGAAAGAAGCACGGAAGGAAGGCAGAUUUCCAUAUGGCAAUAGAGAGCAAGGCAUGGAACCAUCAUCAGGAAUAAAGUCACCUUCACUGUCACAAUCAGAAAUCAAAGAUCAGCUACCUUUAUCUUCAGAGGAUAAUUCAAUGGAAACUAAAAGAUUGUUAAGUACCAAGAAAAUAGCAAACAAGGAGACAGAGUCCCUGCAGAGAAAGAUUCUCAAAGGACUUAAAUCAAGCCCAUCCACUCUGCAAGAACAACAUGAUUGCAGCAUAAUUUUGACACCAAAGAAAAUUCAUCAAGUAAUUGUUGGUCCAUCUGUCCUUAACUUUGGUGAGAUUUGUAUGAAAUCUACAAAGACUGAACAGCUGCAUAUUGUAAAUAUGUUACCUAUGCACAUAUUGGUUCAGUUUGAUAUUAAUUUGGAAGAACUUCAGAAAACCAACCAAUUUUCAUAUGUGAUUCCGCCUAUUUCUAGUACUCAUAUUUCAUUGAUAUUUGAAUCUUCUACUAUUGGAAAAUUUUGGAAAUCAUUUACAUUUAGAGUGAACAACACUGUUGGUGGACACAUCCUAGUGAUGGCUGAUGUCCUUCCUGUAAAACUUGAACUAUCUACUAAAGAGCUUGUACUUAGACCACAGACCUUCUCAUUAAAAACAUGUUUUCGGGGUACAGUUAGACUGUACAAUCGUCUUAAUGUUUCUGCCCAGUUUACAUGGAAACCAGCAAGUACACUAAGAGGAAUUGCUUUUUCCAUUCGUCCAGCUAAAGGCAUUGUUGAUGCAUAUUGCUCACUGGAAUGUGAAGUUACAUGGCAGCCAGGUUUUAGUUCUCCAGAUAAAGGAGAGUUUAUUCUUGAAGUCACUGGAGGAAACAUGUUGACACUAAAAUGUUCUGCAAAUGUUGGACAUACGAAGGUCACCUUUUUAGAGCCAAGAAUACUAUUCAGUAAUUGUGCGCAAGGUUUAACAACCUGGAGGAAAGCCAUUCUUCAUAAUAUAGGGCAAAACCAUGCUUAUUUCAAGAUUUGUGAUCAAAGUCUUUUGCCUACAAUUAGUAUUGUUCCAUCAGAAGGAAUAAUCCCAUUUGGGGGAAUAAUUGUUCUUAAUAUAUCCUGUACACCCACUGUGGCAGAAAAAUUUGAUACAAGAGCAAAGGUUGCUAUUCACCAUGCUAAUAUGAUAGACCUUAGGAUUGGGGGAUCUGUUGAGAUUGCUGAUAUUGAAAUCAAUCCCAAUGUAUUCACUUUCAGUGGCACUUAUGUUGGCACUACUUCAGUUUUUCCAUUUGUAAUAAAAAACAAAGGCGUAACACGUGCCAAAGUGGAGUUCAAUCUAAUAGACUUUCCAUUUUUUACAAUUCAUGCAAAGGAUAAAUCAGAUGAAUCUACAAAUACUGAAGUUCCUUAUGUAUAUGUUGUAGAAGUAGAAGAAAGCACAUCUAUGGAUUGUGUCAUGACAUUUUCUCCUAUAGAAGUUGCAACAUAUGACUUUGACUUUCAAGUUCAAAUAAAUACCUUUAAAGCUUCAGAACUCUACAGUGAAUAUCUGUCACAGAAAAAACCAUUGACAUCAAAAACUACACCACUUAUUUCACCAUGUCAUGUUCAAGCUACUGUGUUGCGAGCACCACUGGAAUUAUCCACCACAAAGUUUCAUUUUAAAGUUCCAUUACAUGAGAUGGAUAUUAAUAACGAAGUCACAAAAAUUCAGGACCUUGUCUUACAUAAUAUUACAAAAAAAAAUGUAUGGUGGUCUUUGGAUAUUACUAAAAUUGACGACCUUUUCAAAAGUGGUAUAUUUAGAUUUACUGCACUGAUUGGAUGUAUAAAACCAGGUGAAAAAUAUACUAUUUCAAUACACUUCUGCCCAAGUAAGCCUACAACAUACACAGCUGAUGUUCCCAUACGUUUAAAUGAUAACCUAUUUGACUUUAGAACAUUAAAUUUAAUUGGAGAGAUACAAUCACCAAUGGUACAUUUUGAUCCACCAUUUAUAUGUUUCACUCCUGUUCCUUUGAAUACAACUACUGGAGUGGAUUUCAAAAUUUUACCACAAAACUAUUUCAGUAAUUCAACUCUUCAUUUCAAAAUUCCCACGGCAAAACUACUUGAUAAUGAUGAAAUUCAACCACUUUCUGUGACAUUUCCAAAAGGCAGAGUAAUCACAGGCUCUAAUACUGGAAUUAAUAAUGAAAUUGCAUGUCACCUCACUUUCAAUUCAUCAAAACCUGUUUCACUUUUUGUCAAUCUUCUCUUCUGUGAUGACAAAAAUAAUGGGUUUUCACUUCCGGUUACUGCUACAGCAGAAAAUUGCCUUCUUACAAUUUAUCUAUACAUAGCAGCCCAUCUUGACAGACAGACAAUUAUUUUAAACAGUGAUAAGGAAGGAAAUAUUACAAACCACAGAGGAAGUUUUAUGAUUCCUAAGAUACUACAACAAAAUUAUAGAUUAAUGCCUUUGGGUACAAUAAAAAAGCCAUCUGGUUUUUCUAAAUUUAAUGAUGCUGAACUUACACUUGGGAACCUAUUUGUUGGAAUGGAAAUAAUGCAUGGUCAAAACUCCGAUGACAGUUUAAAUGAGAGAACAGACAUUUCUUUGGAAAAUGAAGAGCAGAAUCUAUUAUUUGCACCUGAAGAAGGUUCAAAAGCAUAUGACUACUUUCUGAAGGUUGUAAAUGCAACCCAAACAUGGUUCAGUCUCUUUGGCUGGCCAGAAGGACCCCAUACUCUUCUGAUUCCAGAGACAAUAAGAAGGGAUGUGCACAAAAUACAAUUUUAUUCAUCUAAUUCACCACCCAAGAAAUAUGCCAGACAAUAUGACUUUUCCAAAUAUAAUAAGACAAUUUAUGAUGUGGUGCUCCACUUGAGUGGAAAACUGCCUCCUGGAAUUACCUCUAGCCAAUCUUUACCAGUGGAUAACAAUGAAAGAGUGAUACAACUUUAUUCACAGCAUUCUUCACUUCUGGACUUUAUCACUGCUCAAGGUGGAUGCAUUUCUCAUGUAAUGCCAGAAUUUUUACUUGAACCAGAUGAUUAUAAGUUGUGGCUUAAAAUUGAAGCUUCCACCCCUACAACCACAGCUCUGAAUUCCUGUUCAUCUAAAAAAAGAUGUUAUUUUACUAUUGAUAUGAAUAAUUUUGAAGCCUGGAGCAAACGGGCAUGGACAGAUGUAUUCCUCCAGAUAUAUAAGGUUCUGAUUCUAUCACGGGUUGUACCACAUUGUUGCAGUGCUGUGCCCCCCAUAAAUGUGCAAAAUACACCAAAAAUCAAUCCUUGUUUUGCAUCCAGCAACAUAUAUUCUAAUUCUGAAAGAAUUCUGCUUAGUUGGUUGAAUACAAAUUAUGAGAGUAAUAGACAUAUUAUAUGGAAAAACUGUCCACAAGGUGAUAUUCCCCCUGAGAGAUGGAUAGUAAAUUUUGACACAGAUCUUUUAGAUGGCCUCGUUUUUGCAACACAGUUGGCAGCCUACUGCCCAUUUUUGAUUGGAACACAUCUUUCAAAUAUGUACACAAGACCAAAACGUCCUGAACAAUAUCUGCACAAUUGUCUAAUUAUUAUAAGUAGUCUUCAUGAAAUUGGAUUUGAAAUGAACAUACAGGCCAUUGACAUCUGUGAUCCUAAUCCAGUCUUGAUGUUAAUGCUUUGUGUUUAUAUGUAUGAAAGGCUGCCAUCAUACCUCCCCAAGAAGGUGGUAUCCUUCUCUUGUGCACUAUAUGACACUGUGCUGGGUCAGAUAUUAGUGAAAAAUCCAAGCUUGAAAAACUUGGUGUAUACUUCUAUAAUUGUUGGAAGAGAUGCUAAUGACUUCACACUUGCUCAGACAGGGAAUGUUGUGACAAUUUCUCCAAAAAAUCACAUUAUCCUCCAAAUUAAGUUUACCAGUCGCUUCCUUCAUCCUUCUGAAGCUACCCUGUUAUUGAUUUCAAAACCUAAGGGUGCAGUAGGAGGCAGUACAAUGGCUUUUGCUUUAAAAGCAGAAGUACUCAAAUUCAGAGCAAUUAAUAUUCUGAAAUGUGAAGCUCCAUGCUAUCAAUGGAAAGAAGUCACAGUGAAUGUGAAAAACCCCUUUCUAACUGGUGGAGAUUUUAGUGUCAUGCUGGUAGAAUCCACAACAUUUACAUAUUUGGCAUCACAAUUAACUAAAUCUGCAAAAUUCACAAAUCUUGAAAAUCAUAUGAGUGGACGUGAAUGUGGUACGGAUCGAAACUCUUCCCAGGAUGAAAAUGGCUUAAAACCCUCAAUUAAGUGUAAUUUUAUCAGAGAGUUCUCCUGCUCCACAUCUACACUUUUCGUGGCAGCAAAAGGAUCUUCAAGUCUAGGGACUUUCUAUCUUCCCUUUGACAUGCAUCUUCGCUACUGUGCCAUUAUCCUGAGCAACAAAAAGAUUGGAGAUUUAAUAUAUGUUUUAGAAGGAAAAGGUUUGAUACCCUUACCUUCCAAUUUUCCUUCAAUGAAGCCUCCAGCCCCAAUUGACUACUCCAGUUCUCCAGGAGAAGAUAAUGAUAAGGAAGGUCCAGUUCUGUAUUUGAGCUGCAAAUCUGAUCAGGUCCUAGAUAUAGACCUUAAAUUACCUCUAACUAAUGAAGCCAAGGAAAAGGCCUUGGCCUUUGCAGCACAACAACAAAUGUCAGCUGUUGAAUUUCAACGAAGGUUGAUAACUGGCACUCUGGAGAGCAGUACCAUCCGUGUGGCCAUCGCUCUCCUUGGACUAACAAAGAUUGAGUGCCUUUUGCUCUUUAAUAUGUCAAAGUUGAAGAAGCCAAAAUCCAUUACAUAUACAUCAGAAAUAAGCCUUCCUGCACAUUUCAACAUACCCAAGAAAAUCUACAUCCCUCAGAUUCCUGAACUUCAAUCAAACCAAAUUAAAUAUCAAGAAGUUGAACCACAAAAUAGCACUGUUGCAAUUCCUUUACAAUUUGUUCCUCUUGGAUCUGGACGGUACCCUUGUAAAAUUUUGUUGAUAUCAAGGUAUGAUGUGCGUGCCUUUGUAAUUGAAGGCAUAGUAAAUGAAGAAAUACCAGAGGCUGAAUUGUUGUUUAAGACACCAGCAUUUGAAGCCCUUAUCCAGCAUAUUCCAAUAAGAAAUGACACAAAGAAGUCAUGGAAAUUUAAUGUUACAAUAGAAGGAGAAUGGUUUUCUGGACCUUCUGUUUUUCAUGUUGCAGCUGGAAAAACUAUCAAAUAUCCUCUCACAUUCAGACCUCUUUUGGAAUGUGAAAUUAUGGGUAAACUUAUACUACAAAAUGAAAGAGAUGGUAUGACACACAUCGUCAGGAUAGAUGGGGUUGGGACAAAGCCACUAGCUUUGGACCAUAUCAUUGUGGACUGCAAAGUGGGAAAUGUGACAGACAAAUUCAUAAGAGUACCUAAUUAUACAAAAAGCCUCCUAACAUUUAAGGUUUCUUCAGACCUUUCAAUAGUGUGGGGAAAUUCAAACAUUACCAUAGAACCUGACGAUUCUGUUCCAUACACUAUACAUGUAUGCCCUUGGAAACGUGGAAUAUUCAAAGGUGCAGUUACAUUUUCUGUUAAACCCAGAGAUGAGGAGGAUUCUCAAGAUGAUACAGAUCAGGAAAAAGAACAAGUCUCUUCUCAGGAGACACCAUCAGAACCAUCUACCAUUAUUUUUGAGGAGUACUCAGAUGAUAAGGUUAAAAGUUUUAAAGUCUGGUAUCAGCUUGAGAUCCGAAGCUCUCCUGGACCACCUGUCGAUACUAUUGAACUUCACUGUAUUGCUCUGGAGACUAUUUGCAUUGAAAUUCCCAUCACUAAUCCAAAAGAUGAAAUUAUUCAUGUGAAUGUGCAGUUGACAUCAAUUGCUCUCAGUGGACCAGAGGAACUUAAAUUGAAUCCAUUGGAACGUGUUAACUAUAUUGUAUGGUAUUCUCCAGCAUCCAUGGGCUAUAAAGAAGAAAGCAUUAUUUUUCAACCUGAUAUUGGUGAAGAGUUCUGGUACUUAUUAAAAUUAACUACAGAACAUCCAAAAACAAGAAAAAUACCAGAAAUGCAAUGUGAUCUUGGACAGAAUAUUGUUCAGACCAUUCCUUUGUAUAAUCCUACACACGAAACUUUAGAAUUACAAGUAACAAACAGCAAUCCUGAAAAUUUUGUCAUAGAAUUUAAUAGAAAAUCACCGCUGGUUUUACUUCCUCACUCUACCAUAGAGCUAUCUGUUUACUUUCAUCCAUCAGCACUUGGAAGAGAUGGUCAUGAAACUUGUAUCAAUUUCCACUGUACUCAGUUUAAAGAGUGGCGAUUUUACCUCUAUGGCGUAGGACUAUAUCCCAAGACUAUGGAAAUAGAAAGAAUAACCACAGUCCUUGGACUUCAGACAUCUGUAAUGAUAAAUUUUAGAAAUCCCACCAGUGAAGAUGUUUCCAUUGACCUCAUACUAACAAAUAAGGAACAACCCAAGAAUAUUGUAAUUGACCAUUGCUGGGAUACCUUCCUCUCUGAACAUCCAGCCUUCCGGUUUAGUUGUCUGCAUCGUACACACGGAGUUGUGGUAGCUCCUAAAGCAAAUCAUGAUAUCUCAGUUAUAUUUAUGCCCAGUAUGAUGACAUUAUACAAAACACUGGUGAUUGUUAAAGUGAAGAGAGCAAAUAAGAAAACCUGGCCUAUUGACAAUUUUGAUGAACUGACUACAGAGACUAAAAGAAUUAUGGGAGCAGACUGUGAGGAAAUCCAAGCACUACACUGGAUAUAUCCUAUUAUUGGACUUCCACAGGCGCCACUCCCAAAAAGUCCUCCAGUUAUCAUAACAUGUCAGGCCAACAAGUGGGUAGAAGAAAAGGUGGAAAUAACAAUGAUUGGUAAUUUUUUUGGCCCACAUCCUUCAAAAGAAAUAACAGACUUUUUAGUAGUGCCAAAAAGGAAUUCAUUUUAUGGUAUUUAUGAAAAUAUUGAUGUAUCUCUGAGAAGACGUGAAUUUGAAUAUGAAGUAGAAUUUGAAUCUGAUGAUUGGAAGAGUAAUUUGGAAUCUACUGUGACCAUAUAUUUAUACAGAAAACAUUUUAAUGUGAAAUAUGAAUUGAUAUCAUUGCUCUUCAAUAUUAUAUUUGCACCAAAAAAACCAUUUAGGGCUGAUAUUAUAUUGAAAAUUGAAUCCAUGACAGAUGGAAUAUGGAGGUAUCCUUUAACAUUGAUUGCUACGGAGCCUGAAGUAGAAGAUAUCAUUGACAUUCAAGGAAUUGGUUUAUUUAAGACUUCUGUUACAGAAUUUACACUAACAAGUCGGACUAGAUACUAUGAACCAUUCAUGGCGUAUUUCCUACCUGGCAGUGAUAGGGAAUUUUUUGUAAAACCUGAUUCUGGAGAACUUCCUCCAUUUUACACUAAAGGAAUUGUCAUGGUGGUUGGAUUUAAACCACGAAUGUAUGGAAAGAAAUAUCAAGCAACACUUGUAAUACAGACAGAUGAAAUAUACUGGUUGUAUGAAAUAAAUGGGUUACCUCCAUCACCCAUUUCGUACACAGAUGUAAAAGCCAAAAUUGAUAGUACUAAGAAGGACGAUGGCAACAUACCUGUUAUUCCACACAAUUUUAUCCGUGAAAAUGCUAAACUCCGAAUUACAGGACCAUCUUCUCCUAUUAAGGGAGCUUCUUUAGUGAGAAAGAAUAAAUAA